CGUAACAAUUAUCAGCAUUGCUCCCCGAAGGUUUUAAUUUCAAAGUUUGAACAGAUAAAUAGAACAUUUUAUUAUUUUAAUAUACAAUUAUAAUACAAUAUAAAACUUGACAGUUGACAUCGAGUUAUUCGAGCUGUGAACAGCUUAAAUGUUUCGCCUCUUUACGACUUUACUACAACAGUCAAAAUGAUACCGUCGAAUAUGAACUCACUGAUCGGACUUUUAUUUUUGUCGUACAGCAUCUGUUUGGUGAAAUCGAUCGAGUUGACUUUUGAACUCCAGGACAAGGCAAAGGACUGUUACUACGAGAACAUACAGAAAAAUACGUCCACCACGCUGGAGUACCAAGUCGUCACUGGUGGGCAAUAUGAUGUCGACGUGAUAAUCGAGUCCCCGACCAAAGAAAUUCUAUACAGACAAGUGAAAUCGCAAUUCGACAGCCAUACCUUUGUAGCAGCAGUUAGUGGACCAUAUGCCAUUUGUUUUAGUAAUGAGUUCUCAACAUUCUCGCACAAGCUCGUGUACAUGGACUUACAAGUUGGCGAGGAAGACCCACUACCCGGUAUAGGAGAGCAAGUGACUGUUAUGACUCAGAUGGAAACAACGUCACAAGAUAUUCAUGAAUAUUUAAAUAAAAUUAUCGAUUAUCAAACUCAUCAUAGAUUAAAAGAAGCUCAAAGUCGUAAACGUGCUGAAGAUCUGAAUCACCAUGUAGCGUUAUGGUCAGCUACAGAAACUAUUGCAAUAUUAUUAGUCGCCAUUGUGCAAGUAUAUACAUUGAAAAGAUUUUUUACAGAAAAAUCCCCUACACAAAUCCCUUACAAGUCAAUGUAUUAAAACUAUUAGGUUGAGAAUAAAUAAUAUUUACAAUAAAAUAUGAUUAUUAAAUACCAAUAAAGAAUUAUUAUCCUUUUUCUCGACAUAAUAUUAAGAUGUGUUAAUAAGAGACUUAUAAUUGAAAAAUACUUUUUUUGUGUAAAUUAAUAUUCUUUUAGUCCAGGGUUUAACAAAAACUAUUAAGAUUAAUAUGUACAUAUUAUUGGUUAUAAUUAAUCAUAGUUGGUUGUUAAAAUGCAAAGAAUUUAUCAUCAUGCUUUGUACAUUAAUUUUUAUGAUAUUGUCAAAAUCAAAUUGUAAUACCUACAUGAUAUCAAGACAUUUUAACUAAUUUUAAAGAACCAUACAUUGUUUAUAAUUAUAAUACCGAGUUGCAUGAACAAUCACCAUAGGCGCAAAUAGUGUUUGAGAUUUGAGGGGGCUAAAUCCCUACUUUUAUAAUAAUAUAUUGAAUAUGCUUAAAACAACAUGUAAGAAAUAUUUGGGGGGCUUAGCCUCUAAAGCCCCCCCCCCCCUAGUUGCGCCUAUGAUUCAAUAACUAAACAUUUAACGAAUCGUUCAUAAAAUAUAAAAUAGUAAGCUAAAGGUCUUUUAAACAUGAUUAAGUGGCCAAUUAAAUUUUAUUGAACUAUUAAAAGAAUACAUUUUUCAUGCAACCCGACAUCAGUGUUUAAAUGGUUUUAAAAAUGUAUUACCUAUAUUUUUUUGUGCAAUUUAAUUUAUUAUUUUGGAUUAUUAAAUUAAUGAGUUUGUACAUUGACUUGAGUCUUGAAGUGUUUAAUUGAAUUCUGUAUGAAAUUUUGAUUAUUUUAUAUUUAAAUAUAAUAUAAGUAUAUUAUAUUA